UUCCGUUUGCUGAUAUUUUACUGUUAACGUCAGUACGGUUACAGUGAAGGUUACAGACGCCGAGACUGCUAGAAAUCUCCAAACUUUAUCUAAGGAAACCCACAAAUUACCAAAUUGGAAAUUCAAAUUGUUAGUUUAGGGACAGAAACUCUUGGAAUGUCUGUUUGGGGGGGAAAAAAAGAAAAAAAAAAGAAUAAGAUGUAGGACUCCCACGCGGACCACUCAUUCACAAAUUUCCUCUUCAUCCCGCUCUGGAUUCGCUUCCACUGGGAUUGUGCGGGUUCACUGUCCGUGGUGCUGAACGCCCCGAACAGCUGUCCUUGGUGCUGAAACACCCACCCAAUAACCACCAGCAGCGGAGCGGCUUGACGGGCAGUCGAGGUUGCAGCAGGCAGAGGGAGACAGUGGAAGGUAACGCAGGGAGGCAGCAUCAUGGCGGACAGAGACAGUGGCAGUGACCACGGAGGGCCCAUCGCAGGCCCCGGCUCGCUGCCCCCGGGCGCGAUGGGCGCCAUGUCUCGGCUGCAGCACGACACCGAGGAGCUCGCCUCCAAGCGUGUCGACAUCCAGAACAAGCGCUUCUACCUUGAUGUGAAGCAGAAUGUUAAAGGCCGCUUCCUAAAGAUAGCCGAGGUCGGCGCUGGGGGAAACAAGAGCCGCCUCACGCUCUCCAUGUCCGUGGCCGUGGAGUUCCGCGACUACCUCGGGGACUUUAUCGAACAUUACGCCCAGCUGGGCCCGACGAACCCGGACAUGGUGCAGGAUGAGCCGCGGCGGGCGCUGAAAAGCGAAUUCCUGGUGCGGGAGAAUCGGAAAUAUUACAUGGAUCUGAAAGAGAACCAGAGGGGGCGGUUCCUGAGGAUCCGGCAGACCGUUAAUCGGGGCCCCGGAUUGGGAAGUGCGCAAGGCCAGACCAUCGCUCUGCCGGCGCAGGGUCUCAUCGAGUUCCGCGACGCUCUGGCCAAACUCAUCGACGACUACGGCGUGGACGAGGAGCCGGCGGAGCUCCCGGAGGGCACCUCGCUCACGGUCGACAACAAGCGCUUCUUCUUCGACGUGGGAUCCAACAAGUACGGCGUGUUCAUGCGGGUGAGCGAGGUGAAGCCCACGUACCGGAACUCCAUUACGGUGCCCUGCAAAGUGUGGUCCAAAUUCGGCAACACCUUCUGUAAAUACGCGGAGGAGAUGCGGAAGAUCCAGGAGCGGAGUAGAGAGAAGCGGGCCUCCGAACUGCUACCUGAGGGCCCGCACGGCGCGGACGACGGCGACGAUGACUGACUGAGGAUCUUAAAGAGGAGCCGAGGUGAACCAAGCAAAGUCGAAAUCUGAACUGUGUGAGAGAAAGAGAGAGAAAGAGGAAGAGGGGGGGGGGGAACACACACACACACGAGACUUUUAAAUGUAAAAUAGAUCGAGAUUUUCCAAGGGAAUCACCCCACACACACAACCUCCACAGACAUGGCAGCACCUCUGCUGCCUCCUCGCUCAUUUUACUGGAUGUCACCCCACUUACCACCCAUGUAACAGUAAGCCGCUGCUAUCAAGGAUCGAACUGUAAGAUAUGAACUGUUUCCUACUUGACUUAAACGACAAUGAACAGAGUGUUUAUAGUCUAUCUCUAUCGAUGACAGAUUUUGCACACGUCAAAGCUAUUUCGAAAAGUAAAUGUUUUCAAACUGCGAUAUAUAUGCUAAGAUUUAAUCAAAGUUAAAAAAAAAAGAAGAAAAAAACCACAGAGGUCUAUUAUAUGAAUCGAUAGUCUUCAUGUUGAAUUAAUAUUUGACAUCAGCACAAAGAGAAUAUAAUGUAUAAUGGAUUUUAUGAAACCAAAAUCAGAAACCAGAAGAUGUAAAGUUUACUUAUAUGAAGAAAAAAAAAAAGGUACGCAGAAUAAAUAUAUAAAAAGCACUCUUAUUGAAUAAGAAGCACUACAGGCUUGUAAACACCUGUCAGCAUGUGUGUAGGCUCAUGCUUUGUAAAGAAGUUGGUGGAGUAGAUAAUGAUUUGACUGGACGCAUGGUCAGCUAACGACAGUAUUUCUAUCAUGCAAUCCUGGGAAAGGUUUGAGACAGAAUUAAAAAGGCCCACUUGGUGGGUCGGGGGUUUGGGUGGGGGGUUCAGGGGCUCAAGCAAACAGGAUAAAGCUGAGCUUCUCUAUUGAAUAUCAACUCUUGCACCAUGUCCAUGUAAACCUAAAGGAGAAAAGUGCUAACUUAGAUGUACUAAUUAUGAUUUUGUGAAUCAGCUGUAAAAAAGAAAUCCUUAUUAAGAUACCCACGUUUUCAGUGGGUAACGUUUUUCUUUUUCUUCUUCUUCUUUUCUUAUUUGUUACUUUGUUGCUCUUUCCUCUGGAUGGGGUAGGGGAGGGGGAUGCAAAAAAAAUAAAAAGGUUAAAAGGUCCAGUUGUGGGAGCGCAAGACGCAGAAAACAAAACAAAAAACAAAGAAAGUGAGACGCGUCAGCGCGCGGCGAGGCAACAGCAUCCUCUCUGACGUCAUUACGACCCGUGCCUUAUACACUCCACUCGUUUACGUGUUCUCACAUGGAUGGUCCGUGACCUCGACCGUUGUAUGUUUUUAUUUACGAGUGUUGUUAACAGUAGGCAUAUAUAUAUAUAUAUAUAUAUAUAUAUAUAUAUAUAUACAUACUACUCACCGGUGGGGGAGGCUGCGGGUUGCUCGCCCCUGCGGUGCAUGGAGCACGGCAACACCAAAAGUCAGCUGAGAGGGACAUGAGGGAUGGACAGAUGCGGUGGUGGUGGGUGGUUGGAAAGGGUUGGGGGCCAAUGAGAUUUGAGGGGGUGCUCACUGUAUUAUGCCAGCAGGGAGCUCAGGAACCCCCUUGCUACACCCCGAGUGGUGUGGCAUCUCGUAGACGUAGGAGAAAGAACCAAGAGAUGGCUGCCCAAACUAUAUGCACCACGAUGUUGACGAAAAAAAAAAAAGAUGAAGAGCUGCCGGAUGAGAGCAGAUGGGAGUUGAGAGGUUUGCCCCAUGCAGAGAGUGUGAGUGCAGUCCAGAGGAUGCAGAGGCCUAUCAACGGAGGGCCCAGGCAGUAUCUAUCUUUUCAUGGUGCUACAGCCCUUGACCGGGUCCUCGGGACCCCUCGCCACUCAUAACAUGUCACUUUUGCAUAAUUAGUUUUAUUUUUUUUUUCUUCUGUCUUCAGAGUUUAUGUCUCCACGUAUACAUUGUCCAAAAACGUCUCGGGUUUCUCCUUCCCAGCAAAAGAAGAAGCCGCCUGGCUGAUGUAGGACGUUUCAUAUUAGUGUGCAAUAUCGUGUACGUGCCAAUGGUGGCAUUGUAUCAAGUGUACAGACUAUUAAGAGGAAGAAAAAAAAAAAAAAAGAAGAAGAAGAUGUACAGGCUGUGUGAUUGGUAGAUAUUCGAAAGCAUGAAGAUAAAAGGUCGAUGCUUCUGCGUUAUAUUUCCCAAAUGUGAAGACUGCUCAAACUGACAAAACGUCGUAGUAAGGUCUCGUUUUCCUUUCCCAUUCUGUAAAACCGGUCGGCUGCCUUGUCUGGGUUUUAUUUUUGGUGCGCAUACACUAGUUUAGUGUGUUUAUGUGUCCUUCACCAAUGAGAUCGCCCCCUCCUCACUCCUCUUUGAAUGCACACAAUGCAGACACACAGCCGCCCCUAUCCGUGUCAAUGUUGGACCCCCCGUCCCCUCCGCGUUGGUCUCCGCUGGACUUCAACAGCUUCUUGAAGCCGGGGGUCCAGAGGUGGCUGACAGCACACAUCCAGCCUCCCCCUGCUGAGGCCUCCUGUUGCUCUCUGAGUGUUUGGGAGGUCUCUAAAGUAUGUUGAAUGGUGUCUCGAACCGCACAAGGCCUCUUGUCACUAGGAGCCAGGAAAACUGUGUGUUUGGAGUGAGAGAUUGUUGGGAACAGUCGAUUGCAGGACAGGUGAAGUACAAACCAGCUUUGGCUUUUAUUUUAUUAUUGGAAGCACUUUUGCUAGCUGAUCAGCUAAAGCAUGGACGGAGGGUGUUUCUGGUGGUUUCGGCGGUGAGGGUCACAGCAUGUCCAUCGGACUUGGCUUUCAGAUUCUCCUAUCCAGGUCCGGUCUCUUUGUGCUGCGACCAACUUAAUAACUUAAAAUUGAACGCUUAGAUCACAAUCAGAUUUAUGCAAAGCCAGUUGGCACACAGCGGCUAACUCAACUGAUCCCGUCACGUGGCUGCGGAGCAACACAGACAGGCCGGAAUAAAAAGCGUUGGGGGCGGGGGGGCAGCCGAGACGGCACCUCAGCUGCAGGACGACGACGGAUCCGUUUCGAUUUUUGUUUUAAAAAGGUGGAUUUGUGUUUGAUUCAUCAGGCUUUUAUCAUCCGAGAGAGAUACUUCUGAUAACGCCACCUGUCUCAUGUAAAGACAUUUUGGCUCAUGGAGAGAGAGAAAAAGAGAGAGACAGACGGUGAAAGGCCCGACGAAGCCUGGCACUGCCCUGCAUCGGGCUUACCAGCAGCAGCCUUACAGAUCCUAGCAGGACCUUUUUCUCUCUCUUGCAGAGAUUAUUUCAUCUCCCCGGCUUGUGAAUGAUAAAAAAAUUAAUAAAACAUCGAUAUUUAUUGAACAUGAGCCACCAAUGACUGUGUGCCUGACAAAGCACAUCUGAGGUCAGUCUGAGUUCAUCCUGAGGGUCAAGACUCUCUGUUGUGAUGCAGCACUCAUCCUCCAAAGUACUCUCUCCUUAGCUUGAUUAAAUUUAGUUCAUGCAACACACGGCUAACCCACAACCCUCCCCGCACCCCCGGCAGCCAUUAACGAGAGGCUGAACCUGCUCAGACUUUAUGAAACUUGCACUUUUUUCUUUCCGAAAGACCCCGACAUGUAUACCGUACCGGCCAGCGCCGCGGGGACAGUUGUGUUCUCGGCACAGCGGUUCUGUUAUGAAACGUGACUCGGCCCCCACUUUUUUGGGUUGCAGUUCUGUCUUGGAUUACGCGGCAAAAAGGAGGUGGAGGGGGACGCACAUGGGAUUUUUAAAUUUUUUUUUGCUGAUCGACUCUGGUUUCUUAUUUCACGAGAGAUCACGCAGUCUCAAAGCAAAAAAAAAAAAAAAAAAACCCGGAGUGACCUUGCAGCCAUGUUGUUGCCCAGAUUAGAGCUUUUUCUGAGCUGCAAAAUGGUAGGCCGGCGUUUUAUGUGCUGCUGUUUCUGUGUGUCAGUGGUCAGGCUGUGUGCUGAAGUUCAGUGUGCGCGAAGCUGUGAGCAUUGAUGAGGAUGAUGGGUUGAUUAAUUAUACUCCAGGCGGCGUCGCAGCAGCCCUCUAACGUGGCGUUUUCCGGCCUUUUUGUGUUUAUCGACCGCAGCGCCUCUUUGUCAAAUGAGCUUUUUAUUUUCUUGAAACAUGCAAUGCUUGUUGAGCAAAAACAGGAAAAGUUAAGGACUUGGCUUCCAGCUGGCUGUUGUUAAGAUUGCAAAGUUGACUCCAGCUUUUGGUGCUUGUUGUCUGAACAUCUCACACUUGGCCACGAGUAGGCGUGGGCCGACUGACGGGCCUAAAAACGUAAGGUUUUCAACCCGGAAGAUUUUCCAGCUUCUGUUGUUUGAUGUUUGAAGUACGACCCUAGAGAAAGUACCAGAGUGAAUGUCUUUUGCUCCGUGGUACUGCCCCCACCCACACCUGUUGCUGUGCGCUGCCAGUUAGAUGGUUUGAAAAAAAAAACCCCACCAAAACCAAUUCAGCUGAGACAAACUAAACCUUGAAAAAAAGCUAAAAUAUUAUGAGCAGUAAGCACUACUUUUAUUUCUUAAGUCUUUCUAUAAGAAUCAAAAUACCAGAGGAUGGGAGAGUACCAAGAUAUGUACUCAAGUAAGAGCAGCACUACUUUAAUGUAUUUUUACUUGAGUAAAAAGCAUUCAAUCAAGAAGUUACUCUAGUAAAAAAAGGUAUUUGGUAAAAAAGUCUAUUAAAGUACUGAGUAAGUGUUCAAAUUAUCAGUCAUUUGAUAUUUAAAAAUUACGUCACCAGAGGGACUGAAAUUUAAAGUUAUGUGAUUUUUUUUUUUUUAAAGACCAAACUGAAAAUAAUUCACCUCAAUAACAUAAUUACAAAAAAAAUUAAAUCAGGUAAAACAAACAUUUGUCCAAACAAAAUUCUUUCAAUUGAAAAUUUAUGAAACUUUAACAAGAACACAGGUGUGUUUGUGUGUUGAAUUUUUGUUUUUCAUUCAGCAGGUGGAAAAUCCAGAAAUUUUACUCAAGUAAAAGUAACAAUACUUCAUGAUAAAGUUACUGAAGUAAAAAUCACAAGUACAGCAUAUUAAGAAUAGCUACUCCUAAAAUAAAUUUUUUUCCCCCAAAAAGUUACUCAAGUAAAUGCAACCGAGUAAAUGUAACUAGUUACCGCCCAACUUUAAUACUAAUGGAUAACGAAAAUACAUUGAUUACAAUUACUGUAAUCAAUAUAGCACUUUUGCAGAACUAGAGAUAUUGGCUGCAUUUUUUAAAAAUGAAACCAAUCAGAUCGUCUCUCUGACUGAAAUCUGGCACUAACGACAUUUCUACUGAAAGCCCAUCAUCUUUUGCCGGCCCAUGCCUACUAACAACAGACUUCCAAAUCAGAACAAAUAAAAAAACACGUGCAGGUGGCGGCGACUUGCUUCUGCAAAAAAAAAAAAAAAAGUUCUGAAAGAAACAAAACCUUCCAACAAGGUGUUCCCCCCCCACAGCUAAAUGUUCUUUGUUGUUGUUUUUGCUUAUGGAGUUCCGGUGAACAAUCAAAAAGACAAUAAAUAAAUAAAAAUUCCAGCCAAUCGCAGCCUCUCGUCAAAGCCAAGCACUCUGUGUGACUCAUCACAAAACCACUGACAGGUGUGGAUGGGGGGGCGAGGGGGCGAUGUGGAGAAGGGGUUGGAGGUGUAAGGUGUGUUGGGGGGGUUGGGUCCAUUCAGCACGUCUUCAGUUUGCACACGCACGCACAAAGCAGUAGGGUCCAUGAUGUCUGCAGACUGUACAGGCUACUGUUGUGUAUAGUUGUAGAGACGUUCCUUCGAGUAUCGCGACGCUGUUAGGAACGACUUGACCCCCGUUUGGGUGUGGGGGGAGAGAAGGGGGGGUGAAGAGGGGUCAGGGGGGUCAAUGCACAAUGAACAUAUCCCAUGACACCGUUUGAUCCCUUUACCCAUCCCCAUAUGAGAUAUGUUGUAUCUUUCAAAAAUAUUUUAUCUGUGGCGUGCGUGAGCGUGCGUGAGCGUGCGCGUGGGUGUAUGUGUGUAUAUAAAUAUAUAUAUAUAUAUGGUUUGUUAUAUAUGAUGCUCCUCCUUUCAGAAAAUAUAACAUGUAAACAGGAAAAACAUCUUGCUGUUUUUUUCCUUUGUAUUUUAUACUUACAGAAAGCAUUGAAUAAAAACGGAUACUUGCACUUUAGAUAUAUUAAGAAAAAGGAAAAAAAAUCUGCAUAUUAUUUUUGAUAGGGAUCUCACAUUUAAAGAGUAUAAAAUUACAGGCUUUGUGACUAUUGCUGGACAGAGAUGUAUUGAGUUCUACUUACUGAAGUAUAUUUUGUCUGUGUGUCAGAAGGUUUACUAAAGUAAAUUGCAUGAUAAAGUAGUGCUACACCAAUUAUUGUUCUGAUUUUUUUCUUUAGUUGGUAUUAAAAAAAAAAGAAGAAAAAAUGUCUGAAAACUGUGAUAACAACCCUCUUGUAUCAUGUUUAACCUCUCCUCACCCGUUCUAGGAUAUUUCUUACUGAAAUAUGGCCUUUCCCUGACUACAUGACGAUGGUGCUUACUUUGGCUUUUGACAUCAAGCUCAUCCCAUUCAUCUCAACAUCAUCACACCUCGCGUCCUCUCACACGCACACACACCGUUACUUUCUGUUAUGUACUCUCACAACCUUAUUAAAUUUCUGUUGAUGGCAAACAUUUGCUGUUUGUUUUCAAUGUUUUUUGGGAGCCUUGUUGUCUGAAAAAUGACUAAUCGCGCAAUAAAAUGUCAUUCCACGUG